AAAAGCUAUAUACCAAUAUGAAUUUCGUUUCCGUGUACCGGAAGACUCCCAGCUCAAAGGCAGCGACAAAGUGAGCACGCAACAGCUCGCGCGUGUCCUGAUGACAAAGGCAGUGACCACAUUUCUCAAGGAAGACUUUGUGUUUGAUGGAGUGAGCCUUGGGUGGUCACCACAUAUAAUCGUUCCGGUGGGGGCGGCAGAGACUAACGUCGUCGAGUUGGAGAAGCGCCGAGACGGCAAGCCAAACUCAGUCGAGGUAUCAGUGAGAAGCACCGGGGUUCUCCCAAUUGGAACUCUCGUCAACUAUAUUCAAAAUGGAAAGUUCGAAUUGAACCCGGCCGGAAAUGAGAGCAUCGAAAACAUUCUGAAAUGGAUUCAGGCGGUUUUUCGGAAGGAUCCCGCAACUCGCUUCAUUACCAGACCUAACUCGAACGCCUACUUCGACCGCUCGCCCGAGACAACAAUGAUGCUUCGAUCCACCAAAAAUGUUCUUGAGGCACGCCGCGGCGUGUUUCAAUCCAUGCAACUUCGAUUUGGCCGCAUUACACUGAACAUCGACACAGCUACAACUCCUUUCUGGGUGCCAGGAGUUUGUCUCAUCGAUACUGCGUGCGCUCUUAUGGGAACCCAGACCGGUCGGUUGGAAGGAGAUUUUCGUUCAAACCCUGAGACGUUCUUCGUUGCCUGCGGCCGACUUCGCGGCAGCUUCUUCAAUAUCAGACAUCUGACGUCUGCAAAGAAGGAUAAAAAGAUCAGGUUGACUGGAUUUUCUCAGCGGAAUGCCAUUGAGUCAACAUUUGAGGAGAGAGUUGGCGACGACGAAAGCACCACGCAGACGACCUCGGUUUCGGACUACUUUGAGAGAAAGUACGGCAUUAAGCUCCAAUUCCCCAGGCUUCCUUUGGCGUCAACUCGGUUUGGUGACUUCCCCCUUGAAGUGUGCUUCAGUGCCGAUGGAGAGCGGUACAAGGAGGUCCUUCAAGGCCAAGAGACAGCGGACUUCAUAAAAUUUGCGACCGCUCCUGCAUAUGAAAGAAAGAACCAGAUCCAGCACGGAUUGAGGCUGCUUAGCCACCACGCUGUCCCUACAAUUGCAGCACAUGGGUUCAAGGUUAAUCCAGAAAUGAUGAGCGUGAAGGCUCGGGUUUUACCAGCUCCUCGUUUGACAUAUGGAGGAAAUCGACCAAUGACUCCAAGAGAUGGCAGAUGGAACCUGCGCGGCCUCAGAUUUCUUCGGCCAUCCACGAUUAAGUCUUGGGUUAUUGUUUAUAUUCCCGCCAGACAACCUCUUGAUAAUGGCCAGCUUGAGAGGUUCGGAAGCGAGAUGGUUCGCUCAUUCACUGAUUGUGGCAUGACGGUCCCCAGAGAAGGUCCUCCGAUCAUUGUCGGAAAUCCGUUUGGAAAUUUGACACAAGUCGUCAAGGAUUCCGUUGCGCGCGCGCACAACAGCUUCGGGGUCCCCCCGGAUGUUAUCUUUGUCAUACUCCAAGGAGCCAGUGUUCCCAUAUACAAAACUUUGAAAGCCGGGCUUGAUGUCCACAUGGGAAUUGCAUCCCAAGUGAUGCUUCAAGAGAAGGCUCUCAGUGGUCGCGGUUCCGCUCAAUACUUGGCGAACAUCGCCAUGAAGGUAAAUGUCAAACUCGGCGGGACCAACUGCAUCGCGGAGGAACCUCUGUUUAGAUCAGGCCGUUGCAUGCUUUUGGGCGGUGACAUAUCUCAUGCCGCUCCAGGAGCGCUUCGAUCAGUCAACCCGCCCCCUUCAACUGCAGCACUUGUGGGCACCUGGGAUCGCGAAUGCACGGCAUAUACUGCUGUUGCCAGUGUCCAAGAAAGUCUGCUGGGCUUUAUUGGAAAUGUGAAGCCUAUGAUGGCUGAACUCCUCAAAAGAUAUGCGGAAAAAAAUAACGGAUUGUACCCCGAGCACAUCGUCUACUACCGUGACGGAGUUUCUGAAUCAGAAUUCCAGGCGAUCAAAAUCGAAGAGGGCCGUAAGCUGCAUGAGCUAUCCCAGGAACUCGGGGCCAACGCAAAGAUCACAAUCAUUGUGGCGAUCAAACGCCAUCAUACCCGCUUCUUCGCCGACAGGGAUAUUGCCUCGAAGCUCGGAAACGUUCCAUGCGGCACUGUGGUUGAGAACUCGUCCACGAUUAAUGAUGCGUUCAUCAUCGCCCACCCAGAUCUUCAAGGAACCAAGAGACCGACCCGCUACGUGACCAUUAUUGAUGAGAACAACAUGAGUGCCGACGCUUUCCAGCGUCUGACCUUCAACCUGUGCUCCUCGUACGCCCGAGCAACGACGUCAGUUGCUGUUUGCCCGCCGGUUUACUAUGCCGAUCAAGCCUGUGAGCGGGCUCGCCUGCAUCUCGUCGAUGCGGAAGACGGGAAGAUGAAGCUCGGUCCCGUCCACCAAAACCUUCGUUGGAAUAUGUAUUGGCAGUAAAGUGCCAGGGCGAAAUUCUCGGCGAGAUUCGCAUUCAAAAGCUGGAACGUGUACGACUAUCUAAUAUUGCCCCUGGCUGCCUGGCUCAAAUCUCCCCCACUCUCAGCGACGCUUCUUCCGCGCCUCUGUUGUUGGAGAUUGGGCUAUUAACAUUUUUUUUCUCCCCGUCGGGCGCUUACCAUCGGGUCUAUUUACGGCUUCUCCUCGGCCUCCAAGACGAGGUUUUAUUAUGAUAAUGACUGACGGCUUUUUCAUCACGCACGACGCUAAGAAUGAUAGUUUUCGCAUAUUCGGCAACCAAAUAUCAAUAGGAGGACUUCGGCUUCUGACAUUCGCGUUUGCUUCUUUAAGUUCCAAUAAAUAUC